CCCCCCCUCCCCCCGCGCCCCUUUCCUCUGGGCCAACAAUCGGACUGGGGGCAGCCCUAAAAGACACAGGAGGCAGCGGGUGGCCAUGGCCUUGGCGUGACUGAGCCUCCUGGGCGGCCGGGCGGGUGCAGACAGCAGGGCUGAUCGACCCCCCGCAGGAGCCGGGGAUCACACCGACCCACCCGGGAGACAGUGACUGCUGCUGAGCCUGCAGGCCUGGGCUGGCUGGGCGGCGCUCUAGCUCGCUUGCACGAAGCGGGGUCCCUGGGCCCCUUUGUGUGAAAGGGCGGGGGACGGUGCCUGAUAGCCUGUGGCCUGGGGAUCAGCGGACCCUGGGGCCCCGGGCGCUGAGUCCCACCCUCCUCCUGGACCCUCCCUCCCCCCUCCUGUCCCUCCUGGGGGCACGCUGCGUGUCUGGUGUCCCCACCCCUCCCUCGAUCGCCUUCUGGGCUCCCCCUCCUCCCCACGCCCCCUUGCCUGGGCUUCGGUUCCUAUAGGAAGGGCAUUACCAUCCCAUCCCCACCCACCCGACACUUGGCUCUCUCCCCUCCCCCUCCCGCAACUUCCUCUUCUUCUCCGCUGCUCGGGGCUGGCUCGCUGCUCGCGGCUCGCUGGCUGGGCCCUCGCCACUCUGCACUCCUCCCCAGUUCGCAGCUUUCCGCCCACCUUCCGCCUCGCCUCGCCGCAGCGCCGCUAGCGGGGUGCUCGUUUUCCCCCCAUCUGCUAGCCGUGGGUGAAGGUGAGACUCAUGAGGGAGUACAAGGUAGUGGUGUUAGGGAGCGGAGGGGUUGGCAAAUCUGCCCUUACGGUGCAGUUUGUCACUGGGACUUUCAUUGAGAAAUAUGACCCGACCAUUGAAGAUUUCUACCGCAAAGAGAUCGAAGUGGACUCUUCCCCGUCCGUGUUGGAAAUUCUGGACACGGCAGGAACGGAGCAGUUUGCCUCCAUGAGAGAUCUCUACAUCAAAAACGGCCAAGGCUUCAUCCUGGUUUAUAGUCUGGUGAAUCAACAGUCUUUUCAGGAUAUCAAGCCAAUGAGAGAUCAGAUUGUCAGAGUGAAGAGAUAUGAAAAAGUCCCACUGAUCCUAGUAGGAAACAAAGUAGAUCUGGAACCGGAGAGAGAGGUGAUGUCUUCAGAAGGCAGAGCUCUGGCUCAAGAAUGGGGCUGUCCUUUCAUGGAAACAUCGGCAAAAAGUAAAUCAAUGGUGGAUGAACUUUUUGCUGAGAUCGUCAGACAAAUGAACUAUUCCUCCCUGCCCGAGAAGCAAGAUCAGUGUUGUACAACUUGUGUUGUCCAGUAAAACAAAAAAAGAUAACCUCAAUCAUGGCCAUACCGAGCAG